AUGGCAACCUCUAUGAAACACUCUAGGAAAGAAAUAAUAAAUGUUUUUCACUUUUCUGUUAAACUAUUUUUGUUUUCUUUCCUAAUUUGGAUUAUAACCGGUUCUAACGAGGUAAGACAGCGAAACGAAGAAAAGAGAAAAUACUCGAAAACGUCCUGGAAAAGAUUUGGGACAGAAACCCUGGAAAAAAAUGGGGGUAAUAGUGAGCACCACAGUUUGGAAAAAAAAGUAGACCCCAGAGAUAACAGAUGGUUAGCAGAAAAAAAUAACCUUGGGGAAUCACCACCUGAACGGGAUCACUUUGAAAAUUUAGAGGAUUACUAUGCUAUAUUAGGGGUAAACAGAGAUGCUACAAACCUUGAAAUAAAAAGGCGUACAGAAAAUUAA